AUACGAGAAGCAGAAGGAAGAAGAGGUUUGUGUCCAGCCCCCGCUAUGUGGAGACCAUGCUGGUAGCAGAUCAGUCCAUGGCGGAGUUCCACGGCAGCGGGCUGAAGCACUAUCUCCUGACGCUGCUCUCUGUGGCAGCCAAGUUGUACAAGCACCCCAGCAUCCGCAACUCCAUCAGCCUCGUGGUGGUGAAAAUCAUGGUCAUUUACGAGGAGCGGAAGGGACCCGAUAUCUCUUCCAACGCGGCCCUGACUUUGAGAAACUUCUGCAGCUGGCAGAAGCAGCACAACCCUCCCAGUGACCGGCACGCUGAGCACUAUGACACGGCAAUCCUCUUCACCAGGCAGGACCUCUGCGGUGCCAAGACAUGUGAUACUCUUGGGAUGGCUGAUGUGGGAACAGUUUGUGAUCUAAACCGCAGUUGCUCUAUCAUAGAAGACGAUGGUUUACAGGCUGCCUUUACAACAGCCCACGAACUAGGGCACGUGUUUAACAUGCCUCAUGACGAUGCAAAGCAGUGUGCUGGUAUUAAUGGAAUAAGCCGGGAUUUCCACAUGAUGGCAUCGAUGCUUUCCAAUCUGGAUCGCAGCCAGCCUUGGUCUCCGUGUAGUGCCUACAUGAUUACAACAUUUUUGGAUAAUGGUCAUGGUGAGUGUUUGUUGGACAAGCCCCACAAACCAAUCCAGCUUCCUUCUGACUUGCCUGGCACGUUGUACGACGCCAACAGACAGUGCCAGUUUACAUUUGGAGAUGAGUCCAAGCACUGCCCCGAUGCAGCCAGUACGUGUACGACGCUGUGGUGUACUGGAACUUCUGGAGGACUGCUCGUGUGCCAAACCAAACACUUCCCUUGGGCAGAUGGCACCAGUUGCGGGGAAGGGAAGUGGUGCAUGAAUGGCAAGUGUGUGAAUAAAACUGAGAAGAAGCAUUAUGAUACCCCGGUGCAUGGGAGCUGGGGAUCCUGGGGGCCAUGGGGAGAGUGCUCCCGGACCUGCGGCGGUGGAGUGCAGUACUCCUUCAGGGAGUGUGACAACCCCGUCCCAAGGAACGGGGGGAAAUACUGUGAAGGGAAGCGGGUGCAAUACAGAUCAUGUAACAUCGAGGACUGUCCAGACAAUGAUGGCAAAACCUUUAGGGAGGAACAAUGUGAAAAGCACAAUGAGUUUUCCAAGUCUCCCUUUGGAAGCGGGCCUGCAGUGGAGUGGACACCCAAGUUUGCCGGUGUCUCUCCAAAAGACAGAUGCAAGCUGGUCUGCCGAGCAAAAGGAACAGGAUACUUCUUUGUUUUACAGCCAAAGGUUGUGGACGGUACCCCAUGUAGCCCUGAUUCCACCUCCGUCUGCGUCCAGGGACAGUGUGUAAAAGCCGGCUGUGACCGUAUGAUAGGAUCCAAUAAGAAGUUUGACAAAUGCGGUAUCUGUGGUGGCAAUGGAUCCACUUGCAAGAAAGUGUCUGGCACGCUUGUUAGAGCAAAGCCCGGCUACCAUGAUGUUGUCACCAUUCCAGCUGGGGCAACGAACAUUGAGGUGAAGCAGCGAAACCACCGGGGUGCAAGGCACGAUGGCAGCUUCCUCGCCAUCAAAGCCACAGAUGGCACCUAUGUCCUCAACGGCGAUUACACCUUGUCGACACUGGAGCAGGACAUCACCUACAAGGGCAGUGUGCUGAGGUACAGUGGCUCCUCCGCUGCCCUGGAGAGGAUCCGCAGUUUCAGCCCUCUGAAGGAGCCUCUGACCAUCCAGGUCCUCAAACCGCAGCCCAAGAUCAAGUUCACCUAUUUUGUGAAGAAGCCCACACAGCCUGGGUCGGAGAAGGCGCCCACUAGAAAGAAAGAGUCCUUCAAUGCCAUCAAGGAGAUCAUCUCCUCCGAGUGGGUCAUCGAGGAGUGGGGCGAGUGCUCUAAGUCAUGCGGCUCGGGCUGGCAGCGGCGGGCAGUGGAGUGCCGGGACCCCCGGGGGCGGCCGGCCACUGACUGCGCCCAGGAGCUGAAGCCUAGUGAUGUCCGUCUCUGCGCUGAUGUGUCCUGCCCGCAGUGGCAGCUGGGGGACUGGUCACCCUGCUCUAAGACGUGUGGGAAAGGUUUCAAGAAGAGAUUGUUGAAAUGUAUUUCUUACGAUGGCAGCGUGCUGCCGCAAGAAAGCUGUGAGCCUUCCAAGAAACCAAAACACUUAAUAGACUUCUGCAAUGUUACGGACUGCAGUUAA